AUGCCCGGCGCAACUUUAUCGGCGCCCCCUUUCCCGCAGCCGCUGAGUCUCCCGCUCUCGCAAGACGACCUCGAGCGUAUCAAUGCGUAUCUCCACGACCUUGCGCCGGAGGACAUACUGCGGUGGGCGAUCGACCACCUCCCGGGACUGUACCAAACCACUGCCUUCGGGCUCACAGGACUUGUCGCGAUUGACAUGCUGUCGAAGAUCACGAAGUCUCCGCCGCCGCUCAUAUUCAUUGACACGCUCCAUCACUUCCCUGAGACGUACGAGCUCGUAGAGGAAGUGAAGAAGAAGUAUGGUAGCUCGAUACAUGUGUACAAGCCCGAAGGGUGCGACGCCGUCACGGACUUCGAGAAGAAGCACGGCGAACGGUUCUGGGAGGUGGAUGAGCAGACAUAUGACUUCGUGGUGAAGGUGGAGCCCGCACGGCGUGCAUACGAAGAGCUCGGAGUGAAAUCCGUUAUCACUGGACGACGGGCCUCUCAAGGUGCGGACCGAGCCAACCUCUCGCCGCUCGAAGUCGAUGACACGGGCCUUCUCAAACUGAACCCGUUGUUUGCGUGGACAUUCCCAUUCGUGGAAUGGUACAUCAAAGAGAAUAACGUUCCGCGCAAUAAGUUGCUUGACCAGGGAUACCGCAGUGUCGGCGACUGGCACAGCACGGUGAAGAGUGGCGAGGGCGAUGCUGGGGAGAGGGCAGGGCGAUGGGCGGGGAAGGCAGAGAAGACGGAAUGUGGUUUGCAUGUCGACUAUUUCUCCAUGAAAGCGGCCGCGAAGAAGAGGCUGGACGAACUGCCGUACAUGCCCACAUGUUUGGCGCGAGCCCCCAUGUAUGUACCUAUAGGCUCCGAUGCCUCUUCAGCGCUAGACAUGCACCGUAUUUAUGUUCCGUUUGAUGCUCUCGACUUCCCUCACAGCUUCAACCUGUCUGUGCAUCAGGAUAGCGUGCGGGGAUGGCGACCAGAGUUGCACAACAGCACCGUAACCAACAUCGCCACUGGACGCAUACCUCUGAGACCGUCAUUGGGUCCCGAAGGUCUCCCUCCCCUCCCAGAGAUAUACUCGGACGCGAUCCGGAGGCAGAUAUUCACCCAUAGGAGCUACUAUGCGCGCCCGACGCACAUCUUCGAGGACGCUCCUUACGAUCCCAGCCCAGACAACGAGAUGCUGGAACAUCUUGGUGAUACUGUACUCAGUCUCGUCGUGAUCAAUUUGAUGCGGGAGGUCUUUCCGUACCUCCGUGUGGGCCCAUCGACGAAAAUCCGCGCCCUCGUGGUAGGAAAUCCCACUCUCGCUUCUAUGUGCGCAUCAUUUCCCGAUUCUCGAAGACACGGGAUCUUGCCCACCGCGAUUCCUAACCCACAUGUUCACCAGUUCUGUGAAAUAUCGUCUCCCGGUGCACCUGCGGAUGCACCCGGCCCAGGCUAUCACCCUGAGGGCCUCUCUGCAUAUCCAAGGCACGCUUACUUUCCCGACUUGUUCGAGGCUUUUGUGGGAGGCCUCUACCUCGAUCGUGGCCUCGAAAUCGUUCAAUCGUGGCUGUUCCCACUCCUCCAACCCUACAUCGUGGAAGCCUACCGCAUCGUCCGUGUGCAGCACGGUCUCCCUGCCGAUCCGCCGCGCAUCGAAAUCAACACCCCCUCUUACGAUAGCUCGUCCUCCGGCGGCAGCUCCGCCCCCACCUCGCCCACCUGGUCCACCCCGGCACCGUCCCGCGUGACGGCAAGCAUCGGGCACCUGUCGUUGUUCAACCAGCACAUGCAGCAGCAAGGCAAGGCGAUCGAGUGGGUGUGGGUGGACAGCGCCGGGCAGGGCACGCUCACGACGCCGAUCUGGGUCGUGCGUGCGAUCGUCGAGGGGGAGUGCAUCGGACGCGGGCGCGGGAGCACCAAGAAGGCCGCGAAGAACGAGGCCGCCAAGGUAGGCCUGCAGAGUAUGGGUGUAUGCGUCUCCUCGUCUGAGAUCCCUGGCUCACUCCCAACAUCUUCUCUCUAG